AUGCCUAGCUUCCUCAAAAAGCUGGGACUCGGCUCACCAGAGAUCAGCGAAGGUGUCGCUCUCGAUGAAAUAGAGAGCCCAGGCACUUCCAGCCCCAAGGACGGGAAAAAUGAGAAGGACAUCGGUGUCUCGUCAGCACAUGAACUGUCUGAAGCAGAGGCUGCUAGACGUCUCAAAGUCUUCAAGCACAAUGCAGACGCCCUUUGGGAUCCUAACCUUGAAAGGGAUGAUCUUCAGGCAGUUGACGAAGCUGUUGAGCAUCACGACAAGGAUGGCGAGAACCAUCUUGUGAACGAACUCUUCGACAAUAGCCCUUACCCAGAAGUUAGGGCUGCUGUUAGGAACUACGACGUUGAUCUGUGA